AUGUCACUUUAUCAGGCUGCAAACGGUAUUCUGGAAACCCAUGUGACGUGGGAGGAUGUGGAAGCUGAUCUUCAAGAGAAACUUUGCACAAAGGCAACAUUCGGAGAUAAUAAGAAGGCUGUCAAUAUUAGUGAAAUGAAGGGAUUUAUGUCGAAGAUUGCGUUGAUUGAACCAGAUUGGCAAGGAGUGGAAAAAGGAAGAGACCUUCCGCCAAAGUUUGCUCUCAAGAUUCCAUCUCAACUGGCAAUGAUUGAACUAACCAAAAUGAUGCAUUUUGGAGAUGGUAAUGGAUAUGAAGAAGAAAAACUCAAGAAUUUCUCGGUUUCGACAAGACAGUGUCAUAAUACAGAAAUUGAUGUCUAUAACAUUCUCAUCAAACUUAAUCAUCCAGAUAUACCUUUUACGAAAGUCUACUCGAUGAAAUCGUUUGACGAUAAGAAUCAAUUGAAAGGAUACUUGGUCACCGAAUUUGUUUCGAACAUUCAUAGUGUUCAAAUGUGUGAUUCAAUUCCAGCAGACGACCUCAUUCCGGUUAUUCGUGGAGUCGCUACAUUCUCAGCUCUCUGUGAAUCUCUUCCAGCAGAAGAAACAAAGUUUGCAAUGAGAGAAGAGUGUUUUGAACUGCUCUUCAGAGAAUUUUUCGAUGAAAACGUGCUGGCCAAGAAGUACGCGAAUAUUCAAACGAUAUUCAGUGAGAAUCAUAAAGAAACGGCGGAGAAAGUCGUCAAUGUAUUUCAACUUUAUGAGGGAUUGCUCCCAAAAUAUACGCGUAUUUCGGAAAUUCUGGAUCUGAAAAUGGUGUUGAAUCAUGGGGACUUGUGGCAGUCAAACAUGAUUUUCAGUAAGACAGAGAACGGAAAGUUGAAAUUAGAAGCUUUGAUUGAUUGGCAAACAGUAUCCCGGCUCUCGCCUGGUAUGGAUCUUUCUAUGCUGUUGCUGGUAUGUCUUUCGGAAAAAGAUCGUCGUGAAAGAGAACAAGAACUGCUGAAGUACUACUAUAACACAUUCACAAAUGUUUAUGGAACGGAACUUUUCUCUUUCAAUGAGCUUUUGAACACCUACUAUUUGUAUUCACCGGUGAUGGCAUUGAUGUUUGUACCGGAUAUUUUUACGUUCAUAGACAACGCAAAAAUUUCUGAGGAAGAGAAAGUUGAGGCACGAAAGAAAGGAAUGACAAAGAUUAUUGCAAUCAUGGAGGAUAUUCUCGAUAUUCACGAAUACAAUCUAAAAUAUUUCCCAGACUUUUUUAAUGCUUGA